GUGAGCCUUUAUAACCAGUCUGACUCAGAGCUGGUACACAUGCAAAUGGAUCCCAAAGUGCUUUUGCUGGUCCUGUGCAUGACCCUCAUCCCUGUCCAAGUGCUGGGUGCGAUUCCAAGAUGCUGCAUUAAAACUUCGUGGGUUCCCCUUCCCUUACUAAAGCGCGUGGAGAAAUUUGAAGUUCAAACUCGCCAUGGGGCCUGUGAAAUUGAUGCUGUUGUGUUGCAUUUCAAAGGAAAGUUGUUCUGCGCACAUCCCAAAGCAGCUAAAUUUCUGAAACAAAGGUCUGCAAGAAAUAUAAUGUCGAGAGGACGAAAUUCUGUUUAAAAGCAGAAACCGUUUUUCUUUCUUUUUUCUACGGUCAGUUCUUUGCUCUGGUGCUUAGAACUCAUUUGCAUUAUGUGACUGUUCGUAAUUUGUUUAUUCUGGGGUACCCGCACAGAUGUCUGAUUGUUUUGUUUCCUUUCGGAAGCACCAUCAGGUCAGCACUUUCUUUUUGUAAGGCUUAUUAAGUUAAAACUGUGGGACGCGGGAGAGCUCUUUUUGAACAAAUCCUAACGGCGCUGAAUGUAUCUGUGAAACUAG